UAAGCAUCAGGGGAAGGUACUCGAGCAUCUGCAACGAGGAACUUGACAAUCUGGUCAGAGAGAUAACAAAUGGCAAUCAGACACUUGGGCAACGAAUGGUUCAGGGACAACCUCAGAGUCUAGGACAUCGGAUUCAAAGACAACGUGAUGCUGACAGUCUGAUCCGGGUCGACGAAACAGCCUUAGCCAUGCGAUGGUGUCACUCGAUUCGACGAAGGGUGUACAAUGUUGCUGGUCCAAACUCAUUGUGGCACAUAGAUGGAAACCACAAAUUGAUAAGAUGGGGUUUUGUCAUACACGGAGGCAUCGAUGGCUUCUCGCGGAUGUGUGUUUUCCUCCAAGCUGCGACCAACAACAAGGCUACCACGAUGACAAAAGCCUUCAUGACAGGCACCUAGCGCUAUGGUGUCCCAUCAAGAGUCCGGAGCGAUCAUGGACUGGAGAAUACCGGGGUUGGGGCGUUUAUGAUAGCGCAUCGUGGACCUCGUCGGGGUUCUUUCAUCACGGGAAGGAGCGUUCACAAUCAGCGGAUUGAACGCAUGUGGCGUGACCUGUUUGCUAGUGCAACAAGCGUGUUUACGUAUCUUGAGGAGUCUGGACAGUUGGAUUUGGCAAAUCCAGUGCACAUGUGGUGCCUUCAUCACGUGUUUGUGCCUCGUGUCCAGCUAGCAUUAGACAUAUUUCGUGAGGGCUGGAACUUGCACAGGUUGAGUGGUGAAAUAGGUAGAACCCCCACACAGCUCUACAUUGAGGGCAUGAUGCGCCAAGCUGGACAGGGUCAUAAGGGCAUCGACGACAUGGUGUUCCGUGCUCCGGAGGAGGCCAUCCAAGACCAUGACGAAUAUGGCAUUGACGAUAAGGUCGAGGUAGCUCCCCGAGAAGACAUGAUCAUCAAUGUGUCAAAUGUAGACUGUCCUUUGAACGAGCAGGACUUCACAAGACUAGAACAAACUGUGAACAUUGAAAGUGAUCACCAGGGUGUGGAUUGUUUCUUGGCAUGUGUGGAGUUUUGCAAUUCUGUGUUGUGACCAAGACAUGAUAAACAUGAAACUGUGUACAUGCAUGUCAAAUAAAGAUGUUUAUAUACUCAUGUCGGGUUUCAGCUAUUGUGGCCUAAAGCAAAAUAACUUAAUAAGCUUGACAUUUUAUACAAAAUUAAAGUUCUUACAAGUGGAAAUUAUAUAGAUGUUUCUAUUUCCCAAUUUUUUGAAAUAGUUUAUGUUUCAAGGAAAUCUUUUUAUUCAGUAGGAAAAAAAUAACCAUCGCUGACAGAAAAUUUGUUAAAAAUGUAAAAAAAUGUACAAAAAAAUAUAACAAAAUAUAGGAAUAAAAGAGAACUGGAUAUAAUUAUCCGUCCAUUUUAUGAGUUAGUUGGGAUAUAGAUACAUGUAUGCAUAAUAAACAUCCUUUUAUGAAAAUAAUUGAUAAAAUAAGUGUCAAAAGGUAGCGUAAAAAGAGUCUCGAACAUGGUCAGUUUUAGUUAAAGAAGAUUCAAGGACUAUUAUGUACACAAACAUGUUUAUCAUUGAAUACCAUGGCUUUAAAAUCAAUGUUCAAAGUUUGACCAACUUAUCUUGCAUAGUUUUUGAGAUAUGAUGUCGUGAAUUAAAUCACUAAAACUGUGAUUGGUGGGACAAAAAGGAGAAGUUACAUAUGAAGUAUCAGUUAUA